AUGGAUAGCAAAGCUUUGACUGUCCCGAGACAUCAUCCUCUAGCCGUCGAGCCCACUUCUGAAGACCCCAAUGUCUUCACUAACACCAAUCCCCUGUGGUACCCACCUGGGCUCCCUACUGCAUUCGGGGGCGCCAUCCUAGCCCAGGCGUUAAAUGCAGCUAUGCAAAGAAUCUCCCCCGACUUCAGCGUCCACACCAUGCACUGCCAAUUCGUCAAGGCCGCCCGGGUCGGAAGUCCCGUUUUCUACCAUGUGGACCGACUCAGCCAGACGAAGUCGUUCAGCGCGUGCCAUGUAUCCGCAAAACAGAACGAUCAGCUUGUUUUCACUGCCACGCUGAGCUUCACAAGGGACUCAUCCGCAGCUGGGAACGUCUUGGACCAUGCGACUACCAUGCCAGAUGUAGCAGUGGAUCCUGAUUCAAUGACUUACCGCACGGGCGAAGGCACUGCAGUUUCUAUGUUCGAGUUCAAAACAGCAGCAGACUCAGCAGUCGACAACUCCACUCCCGCAAACAAACGUCUCAGACGAAUCGUCCGAGCCCAAAAAGCCCUUGCCCAACCACCCGGCAGCAAAGGGCAUUUGCUAACCCUAGCCUGUCUGACCGAUGUAUGGUGCUUGGGCACAGUCGGGAGAGUCUACGGCGUGUCUUUAUUCGCCAGCAAAAUGUCGAAAAAGCCCGGCGUCGAGCAAAUGGCCACGUUGAAUCAUACCAUUCACUUCCAUAACCCGCAUCACCCUUGUGUCAACGAAUGGAUGGUAGAAGAGGCGCAUUGUCCGUGGGCAGGAAAGGAGCGAGCCCUGGUCAAUUCGCGGAUAUGGACGCCUGAGGGCGUUUUGCUGGCUACCUGCUCCCAGGAGGUUCUGGUACGACUGUCUCAGGAGAAUGCCCUGGCGAGAAUGUAG